AGCCGAAUUUCACCUGGCCACACUUUUUCACUACUUCGGACCGCGUCACUUUUUUGCUUUUAAAUUAAAUUAAAAACGUUUAUUUGUAGAUGCCUAUAGAACCAAAUUGUGAUAAAAGCCACUGAAGCCGAAGCCAAAUAAGCGCUGUUUCGCGUUGUGUUAUAAAUCCUUAGAGAGGAAGCAGCUGGACUCGAGAGCGAGGUGAUCAAGGAAGACGCUUUCCCCCACGCAAAAAACAGACGCCGAGUUUUCGCACACAUUCCGCCGCAUUCCGAUAGUCCCAGAAGGAAAUCCACACAACCAGAAAGAUGAGCAAGGACAUUUACUACUCCGACAAAUACUACGACGAGCAGUACGAGUACAGACAUGUGGUGCUGCCCAAGGAGCUGGUGAAAAUGGUGCCCAAGACACAUCUGAUGACCGAGGCCGAGUGGCGCUCGAUCGGUGUGCAGCAGUCGCGCGGAUGGAUCCACUACAUGAUCCACAAGCCGGAGCCGCACAUCCUCCUGUUUAGGCGGCCCAAGACCGAGGAGUAGGCUUCGAGGCGGAUCAAAACAACAACUGCAGCAGAUACACACACCUACCUAGCUACCCCUCGUGCCCCCCUAACCCUACCAUUCGCAUGCUCGUCCGGCAGCUGCCACGAUGGUGCUGCGGCGGUGGUGGUUGUUGUGCGGAACCAACUGUUGCGCAAAGCAUCAUCAUCAUCUUCGCGUCGAGAGCACACUGUAUACCUUAUCAUUUUACUACGUGUCUGCCGCAAAUCCUUUUCUACCUAUACUUUUACUGUAGCUGUAGCAUUUAGAGCUAAAAACUAAGUUUGCCAUUUCAUCACACGCACUUUUUAAAUACCCAGAGGCGCGGCUGCCAGGACAGAUGACUCCUCGGCCCCUUGCCACACGUCGUCUUAUGUUGCCAUUUCGAAACGGAAGCGGAAGCGAAAGGAGAAAGAAUUCGUUCACUUUUACUAAGCUUAAUUGAAAUCUGAUUUGUGAUCUUGAAAUUCUUAAUCAAUACAAAUAUGUUUACACUUAAAA